GAAACAACCAGAAAGUAGAAUAUAGGAAUAAGAAAAACUUGGUCUUGUAUUAAUUACCUUAUCAAUUUCACAUAUUGGAUGAACACAGUUUCAGAUUGAGUAACCAAAUAAUUAUGGAAACACCACCAUUGGACGACAAAGCAAGAAAAAUGAGAGAUCUUCUCUCUAGCUUCUACUCUCCACACCCUUCAAUGUCACCUAACUCCCCUAACACCAUCUCCAAAUUCACCUCUUCUGAUGACAUCAACUCUUCAUCCUUCCAACCUGAUCACUACAUGAAUCUCAUGGCACAUGAGAUGAAUCUGGAAGGGUUACUCCAUAAACAUGUUGAAAUGGUUACUCAAAUAAAGAAUCUUGAUACUGAUUUGCAAAUGCUUGUGUAUGAGAAUUACAAUAAAUUCAUUUGUGCUACAGAUUCUAUAAAGAGGAUGAAAAGCAAUAUUCUAGGGAUGGAGGGGAACAUGGAACAACUUCUUGAUAAGAUAAUGUUUGUACAAUCAAGGAGUGACAAUGUUAACACUUCUUUAACAGAAAGUAGGGAACAUAUAGAGAAAUUGAACAAGACAUGCAAUCUUCUACGUAAAAUUCAGUUCAUAUAUGACCUACCUGAUAGACUAUCCAAGUGCAUCAAAGCUGAGGCAUAUGCAGAUGCAGUCAGAUUCUAUACUGGUGCAAUGCCGAUUUUAAAGGCAUAUGGAGACUCGUCGUUCCACGAUUGUAAGCAAGCAUCUGAUGAAGCCAUAUCUAUCAUAGAAGAAAAAUUGCAGGAGAAACUACUAUCAGAUUCUGAAACAACUCAAGUGAGAGCUGAGGCUGCAAUUCUCCUUAAGCAGUUGAAUUAUCCGGUGGACAAUUUGAAAGAAAAGUUACUAGAGAAGUUGGAAAAUCUCCUUAUAGACAUUCAGUUGAUUCCUGAAGCCGUAAAAACCGCUUCACCCUGUUCUCAUGAGGUAGCUUUUCAUGAGUUUGUAGAGGCCAUUCAUGCAUUUCAAGUUAUAUUUCCUGAUUCAGAAACACAGUUAGUUAAACUUGCUCGAGACUUGUUGAACAAAAACUUUCUAAUUGUUGAGGAGUAUGUAAAGACUAGAAUUUGUGUAGAAGAUCUACUCGGUGUUCUUCGAGUUGUUUGGAAUAAUGUGCUGAAAAUGGAUGAAGUGCUACAAGAAUCAUCUCUCUCUGACCAUUCUCUUGAGGCUGCGAAAGUUUCUGUCAAGUCGUAUGUUAACACUGCAUUUUCUUAUCUAAUGCAAGAUAUCUCAGAUUCGCUAUUAAAUGUAUUGAAACGGGACGGAGUAGAAGGUCACUCACUCGAAGCCGCCUUAGAUGCUAGCACGAAAAUAUUGCUUCAAGGAGGCAGAAACUUUUUGCAGGAUGUUCGGAAAAUUCUUGACGACGAGUUAGAGAUCCUAAAUAAACUAAGAGAGUUGAUAAGUGAUUGGGUUCAAGAAGGAUUUCAAGACUUUUUCAAACAACUUCAGCUCAAGUUCCAAUCGUUUUCAGGACGAAACGAUUUGGCACACAUUCAAAAUCAUAGCUUUGUUGAAGGAUCUCAAGGUGACAAAGCAUUUCCUGGUCUUGUCCUUGUGUUGGCGCAACUGUACGCUUUCGUUGAUCGGACCGCCAUUCCUCAAAUCAACGAGGAAUUAGCAUCUUCCUUUUCUCCUGGUGUCGGUGGUUAUGAACAUGGACUUUGCUUUGUUUCUAGAGAAACCUCUCGAAAGUUUAGGUCUGCUAGCGAAAGUUUCUUGCAUAUGUACGUUAAAAUGAGAACUCAAAGGAUAUCACAUCUCCUAAAGAAGAGGUUCACCACACCUAAUUGGGUAAAGCAUAAAGAGCCAAGAGAAGUUCAUAUGUUUGUGGAUUUGUUUCUUCAAGAGCUCAAAGAUAUGGGCAAUGAAGUGAAGGAGAUUUUGCCUCAUGGUACACAGAAGCACCAUAGGGUUGAUAGUAAUGGAAGUAGUAACUUAUCUUUAUCAAGAAGCAAUUCUAUUCCUGAUGAGAUUUUGAGUAGAUCAAAUACUCAAAAAGGAAGGAGCCAACAACUUUUCGAAACACAUUUGGCGAAAUUGUUUAAGCAAAAAGUUGAAAUCUUCACUAAAGUAGAAUAUACACAGGAAUCAGUCAUUAUGACUAUGGUUAAACUAUGUCUUAAAAGUUUACAAGAAUUUGUUAGACUACAGACAUUUAACAGGAGUGGAUACCAACAAAUUCAAGUGGAUAUUCAAUUUUUAAGGACUCCUUUGAAAGAAAUAGUUGAAGAUGAAGCUACAAUGGACUUCUUGCUUGAUGAGGAUAAAGGUUUGAAGGAACAAACAAUCUUGGAUUAUUCUAAAAAGGAUAAAGGUUUGUUGGCACAAUAAAGUCUUCAAAAGGUGUAGUGUGAGACAAUCGACACAUGGAGGAAACCUAAUGGAUAGGGAUGAGGAAACUUAAUGGACGAGGAUGAAGGAGAUGUGUAUAAGUGUGAGUUGGAAGUCCCAUAUUACUUAGAAAAAUGAAGGUUGAAAAUUUUAUAAGUGAGAGGACUCAUACACAUAUCACCUUAAGGUUUUUGAUGAAUAUGUGAUGUCUCUCUCACUUGUGUGUUGCUCUUAAUCCAAUGUUGAUGCUUCUCAUGAUGAUCCAACAUGAGAAGGUUACGUGCAUAAUACUUCUUUUGUGUAUCAAACAAGUUGAUGUUUCAUAUCCUAGAUCUUAUGUCUUUAAAAGAGAUUUGAGAAAAUUUAGAGUUGGAAUAUGUAGGCUGUAGAUGCGCGGAUGAUUCUAUUUGCAACUUGUCACUCAAUAUUAUAAUCACUAAUCUAGUAAAAUUUAUGGUGAA